GUUGCGGCCCCGCCCCGGAUAUCGCGCGUCCCAGGCUGGGCGGCGGGGAUUGGUCGUCGCGGAGCGAGGGGCGGGACGGAAGGUUCUGGAGGGGGCUGGCGGGAUCUGGAAGCUUCCGCCGGACGGGUAUAUAGAGUCCGGGACGGGGAGGCAGAGUGGGGGGGACUCCGACAGCUGGGCGGCAGGCCGCAGGCGGGGGCCAUGGGAAAAGACUAUUACCAGACGCUGGGCCUAGCCCGCGGAGCGUCGGACGAGGAGAUCAAACGGGCCUACCGCCGCCAGGCGCUGCGCUACCACCCGGACAAGAACAAGGAGCCCGGCGCCGAGGAGAAGUUCAAGGAGAUCGCCGAGGCCUACGACGUGCUCAGCGACCCGCGCAAGCGCGAGAUCUUCGACCGCUACGGAGAGGAAGGCCUAAAGGGCGGUGGCCCCAGUGGUGGGAGCAGCGGUGGUGCUAAUGGUACCUCCUUUAGCUACACAUUCCAUGGAGACCCUCAUGCCAUGUUUGCUGAGUUCUUCGGUGGCCGAAAUCCCUUUGACACCUUUUUUGGACAGCGGAAUGGGGAAGAAGGCAUGGACGUUGAUGACCCAUUCUCCAGCUUCCCCAUGGGCGUGGGUGGCUUCACCAACAUGAACUUUGUCCGUUCCCGCCCUGCCCAAGAGCCCACCCGAAAGAAGCAAGACCCCCCUGUCACCCAUGACCUUAGAGUCUCCCUUGAAGAGAUCUACAGCGGUUGUACCAAGAAGAUGAAGAUCUCCCAUAAACGACUGAACCCCGAUGGGAAGAGCAUUCGCAACGAAGACAAGAUCUUGACCAUUGAAGUGAAACGGGGGUGGAAAGAAGGGACCAAAAUCACCUUCCCCAAGGAGGGAGACCAGACCUCUAACAACAUUCCAGCUGACAUCGUCUUUGUUUUAAAGGACAAGCCACACAAUAUCUUUAAGAGAGAUGGCUCUGAUGUCAUUUACCCAGCCAGGAUCACCCUUCGGGAGGCUCUCUGUGGCUGUACUGUGAAUGUCCCCACUCUGGACGGCAGGACCAUACCCAUCGUGUUCAAAGAUGUCAUCAGGCCUGGCAUGCGGCGAAAAGUUCCUGGAGAAGGCCUUCCUCUCCCCAAAACACCCGAGAAACGUGGGGACCUCAUUAUUGAGUUUGAAGUAAUCUUCCCUGAAAGGAUUCCCCAGACAUCAAGAACCGUACUUGAGCAGGUUCUUCCAAAAUAGCCACCUGUGUUCCCCAAGGACUGACCAGGGACCUUUCCAGAGCUCAAGGAUUUCUGGACCGUUCCACCAGUUGUGGACCCGUGAGAGGGCGGGAGGGCCCAGGGAGGGCUUUCGUACUGCUGAAUGUUUUCCAGAGAAUAUAUUACAAUCUUUCAAAGUCGUGCACUAGACUUCAGUGGUUUUUCGAGCGAUAGGGCGGCAGGUGGUGGUGACAGCAGAAGAAGGCAUUCCAGUUUGCCCCACCGGGUCCUGCAGCCCUCCUGGGAUGGGCCCACCCAUCCUCUUCCAGGCCCUGCCCAAGGCCAAGAGGCAGCCCUGCAGUUGGACUUGAGCCCUCUGUCAUCCCUCUGCUUGUGACCAUUAGGUGAUGUCAACCUGCUGUCCUGGUUACCACACCUUCCCUGUAUGCUCUACACUUUCCACGGUGUGACCAGUUUGUAUUUGUUUUAUUUUGUAUUUGUCUCCCAUAUCUUGCUCUUCCUCUGAAGAAUCCCAUCUUUUGCCAUCUCAAAUUGAGAACCUAGACUAUUUUUGCAGAACUGCCUGUCCUGCACAAGCAAUACCUCUCAUUCCAGCAGGACCAAGGGAGCCAGCCUCAGUGAGUAGUGAGUGACUUCCACAGCCACCUCUCACUCGAGAGUCAGGAGCCCUUUCAACCUCUGGCUCCGAGGCCAAGUGUGCUCACUUAAGGGUCCUUUCCUGUAAGGCAAUCUUUGGCACACCUGGGCUUCCCAAUGGCCCAGGUCAUUUUUUUGCUUAAUGGAUUCUGGACUCUUUCAAAAGGAUCUGAUCCUUUUGAAUUUUGCACAGCCCUAGAUAUAAUCCCUUUUGAUAAAAGGGUCUUUGCUCCUGAUUACAGGAGCACGGUGGAACAUCUGUAAAUAUGUUUUUAUAAUUCCAUGUAAAGUUAGUGUACACUCAAACCAGUCCAUGGCAGCUGCUGCUCUCUGUAUAGGCCCAUGAUGGAAUUCAGAAGGGAUGGGGGGGUUGGAAUGAGGGUUCCCUGUAGGCCAGUCUGGUGCUCAGACCUUUAGACUCAUUGUAAGUUGCCACUGCCGACACGAGACCAAAGCGUGUGACUUGUCAAUGUGCAGCGUGACAGCAUUAAAGACUGAUGCUAAACCUCAGGGGAGCAGUCCUGCGACUCUGUUUGAGGGCUCUGCUGAUGGGGUGGGGGCUGGGCAUCCCUCCAGCCAGGGCAGGAGGGAGGGGUUGGGUGAGAGGCAGGAGUCCUCUGCGAAAGAGAGAUAACUCUCCCCUCCUGGGCUCCAUGUGAGGUGGGGAGUGUCAACCCACCCAGACUUUGCAUCCAGACAUCCAGAGACCCCACUGGAUUCAGAGCUUGUUUUUUGUGAAGGUUGGGGCCAAAAUUAAGCAUUUCCCCUUCCGGUCUUCGGGGGCCUGGGGGCAGUGCGUGGUCUGCCCUCUUAAUCCUCCUCUACCCUUCUUUCUGGAACGGGCUGGGCUGCCAGGCAGACCCUGGCCAGGCCUUACUAGGAUUCCCGGCCUUCGCUGGCUGCCUUCCCUGGAGAAGACCAUUUCCUGUCCUCCCUUUAUUUGCAGGCCACUGAAACUGCUUUUACUUUGUAACUUUUUUUAAGGAACUGGUUUUACUAUAAGGUAAGUAAUUACACAGGCUGGAAACAAUGUGUUGCUACUUUGCUACAAAAAGUCAAUAAAAAUAAGACCAUAUUAAAGUCAA